AUGUCUUGCCCCACGUUCGACUUCAGCGACCCGUCCAAGGCUCGCAAAACGAUGCAGCGCUUUGCAGCGCACCUCAAGGCCGCGGUGAACGCGUCGCCUGCCGACCUUCUGGACCUCACCAAGAAAGUGGGGAAGAUUCUGUACGACAACUGCGACGCGAUUGUCGCUGCUGCAAGAGGUGGCGCGCUAAUGCCGAGGAUCGUCGGAUACGCGUACGAGGAGUACAUCGGCCAGCUCGACUUCUUCCUGGCCAACAUCAAGGAGGACGACGACCGCGAGUUGACGUCAAUUCCGCAGGAGUUGGUCGCCGAUCUUCCCGUUCCCCAGAUCAUGGUGGACUCUUUGGCUGGGUGGUGGGAUAAGUUUGAGAUUCCCGACGACGGAAGUAGUCAAGACACUGCGCACGCGCAGGACGGAGACAACGAGGCGGCUCAGGACCCACAGCCCGGACCGAGCACAGGAAGCAAACGGCGGCGUGCGGAGUCAACCGCGCCGAAGAAGAAGGUCUCGGAGACCGACAACGACCUGGCGAAGCCACCCCCUCCAAAGCGGUCGAGGGUUGAGGCCAAGGGCAAGAAAGCGGACUCGCCCGCUCAGGUCUCUGACGGUGGGGAGCCCGAGGUGGAUGUCCCCGAGCCGAAGACACGAGCAUCGAGGCCGCCAGCGAAGAGCAGGAGCUCGUCGGCAGCGGCCGGGAAGAAGGACGCUCCUCCCGAGCCUAAGAAAAAGGUCCUCCGGAGGACCCCUGCUCAAACCAAGACGGCACCGACCAAGACGGCACCGACCAAGACGGCCCCGAUCAAGACGGCCGCGACCAAGACGGCCGCGACCAAGACGGCACCUCCGCCGGCGAAGUCGAAGGCCAAGACCCCGGCGUCGGGAUGA